AUGAGCUUUAGGCUUGGUCUAGCUAACUCAAUUCUUGAUUCGAAAGCUCUUGAUAAUGCUGCAAAGUUUUGGGAGAAUUCCAACCGCUCACCAACUGGAAGAUGUCGAUACUGGGAGAACAAUGAUUCGGUGGUGUAUGGCUUUCGCGUCAAGGCAGGCCGCGCAUUCCCAACAAACGCCACGUUCGAAUCGAGUGAAGUGCUUGAUAUAUUGGAUAAGCUAAAGAGCCGCUACUCAACUCCAUGGGAGAACAUCUCUGCUCAGACAGGCCCGAAGAUGAAGUCUCAAAUUAUUAUGGACCUUGUGGGCAUGAAUGAGAUGGAAUUAGUGUUCCAGAUCAUGUCUCACCGGCGAGAAGUAGGGAAAGCGCUUCUAAGUCUGGGUUCGGACUCUUUAGGAAAUGGAGUGUCUAGGCCAGGAAAGGUAACCGAACCGAACGGAGGACUUGGUGGCGGGGCAGCGAUUGGUGGAGACACGCCAGAGUAUCCUCACGUCUAUACUUCGGGUAGCAAUAUCCAUGGAAAUAUCCUCUCCAUGUUUGGGUCUAAAUUUCUCCUUCCGCUUGGUACCCAGCGUCAUACAAAUGAGCAAUAUCAAGAGGUUAUUAUACCCCCUGCAAAAGCUGUACCGCCUAGAAUCAACGAGAGACGCAUCCCUGUUGGUGAAUUAGAUGUCCUGGCGCGAGGCUGCUUCCCUGGUACCAAUCUCUCAAUCGAAUUCAGUCUAUUGUUUAUCCAACAGCGUAUACCACAAAUGAAAACAUGCUUAUUUGCGCUCCUACCGGGAAAAACUGACGUUGCAAUGCUCACUAUUCUUCGUGUGAUUGAUCAACAUCUGAGUUCCAAAAAUAACCCUCAAGCUCCUACCGGUGCCGGAAAAACUGACGUUGCAAUGCUCACUAUUCUUCGUGUGAUUGAUCAACAUCUGAGUUCCAAAAAUAACCCUCAGCAACUCGCGUCUCUGAUCCGAAAAAAGGACUUCAAAGUUAUCUACGUAGCACCUAUGAAGGCACUGGCAGCCGAGAUAGUCCGUAAACUUGGGAAACGAUUGGCCUGGCUUGAUAUUAAAGUGCGCGAACUCACCGGUGACAUGCAAUUGACGAAGGCGGAGAUUGCUGAAACGCAAAUAAUUGUCACGACACCCGAGAAAUGGGACGUUGUAACCCGUAAACCAACUGGAGAAGGUGAACUUGCAUCAGUAGAGUCGACUCAGUCCGUAAUUCGUGUAGUGGGUCUAUCCGCCACAUUACCAAAUUACGUGGACGUGGCCGACUUUGUUGGGGCAAACCGAGAACGGGGGCUAUUCUAUUUUGAUAGCUCUUUUAGACCAGUACCCCUCGAGCAGCAUUUCCUGGGAAUCAAAGGAAAAUCAGGGAGCCCGAUGGCGAAGAAGAACUUGGAUGAAGUCACAUUUGAGAAAGUAUCCGAACUGGUCAAAGAGGGGCAUCAAGUGAUGGUCUUCGUACAUGCACGAAAAGAGACAGUCAAUCAGCACUGGCGCUCAAAGAAGCUGCGACAGCGGACGACUCGCUGGAAAGCUUCUCGUGUAUAG